GCAAACCUAUCUAACUUUUUUAAUCCUUUUCUUUCUUUUUUCUACAGCAUUGUCCAAGAUAUAACAGUUGGUACAAAGGUAGGCACUUCUCACUUUUUCUCUCUUUUUACACUGCUCAGCAUCUGACUUAGUUUUAGCCUCACCAAAUGUGGAUCUUCAGCUGUAAAGGGUUAUUUCUGGUACCAUGUAAAUUGGUAUUCACCAGAAGGUAAUUCAGUUUCAUGUGCAUUUAAAACUUAUAAUAUGGCUCAGCAUUUAGCUCUUGUCAUUUAGGCAUUGAUGAUCAACUUUAUUGCAUUUAGAAACAGCCCUUUCCCCUGCUAAAAUGUCAAGCCAUGCUUGUUACUUGUGUGCUAGACAGUGCUUCUCCAUGAAGAAACUGGUCCUUUUCCUUUGGAGACCUCCAUUUCCUUUGUUUGUGUGAAUUCCUGCUCAGUUAGAUGUAAAAAAAAAAAAAAAUCUUUGUGCCACAAAAGGGAGGGCUUAGCAGCUGAUUUUUAUCUCCUGUGAGUACAGUAAAUAUGACCUUUGCCCUCAGGUUUGGAAAGGGCAGCCUUAGCCCUAAACUCAAAGUGCUGACAGGAGGCUCCUUAUCGGCCGCGGGUGGCAACAGGCAUCACGUUCACGGGAUCGGCGCUGGUGCUGUGAAAACACCAAACUCGAAUGUGCAGGACCGGGUGGGCUGAAGGGUUAGGGUUCGAUUUGAAUGCUGUUACUCUGGGGUCAGGACUGCAGUGAACUCAACCCUGUGUGCGUGUGCUGGCCAUUGGUGGCCGAGUGGCACGUGGGGAGGCAGUGGCCAAGAACUGCCAGAGGCCGAGAGCCACGAGUGGCCACUCAGAAGGGCCAGGGAAGUGAUGGGAUGGGACUGAUGUGGAGCAGAGCUGGUGCACUGGGAGCACCAGCAGCCCUGCAGAGUGGAGUAGGAGCAUCACACAAAGUGUGGUUGGCCAGCAGAGCUUUGUGUUGGAAGUACAGAAUGAGUUGUGUUAAGCACAGACAGCCUGGCAGUGCUUUAGGGGUCUGAAGGGGCUCUAACAGCUGGGGGGGAAAGGUCAGUCCUACUUUUCCUCCUGUGGGAAUCUCAAAUUUGAAUUAAUGAUAGUGUCUGGCUUGGGUAGAAGUGCUGCAUGCUGCAAAGAGCUCAGUUUGCCAUCAGAUGCGAGGAGGAGAGAUUUGAGCCUGGACAAUAAGGUUGGUUAAUAGUUCAUAGCUAUUAUCAAAGGUGGACCAAGGCAUCCCUAGAGCAGUUUGAUGCAGUGUCUGCUGGGAAACUGGUUAAUGUCGGUUAAGGUCCCCUGGUUUUUAACAAUGUGUAAUUUGUAACUUUUGAAAGUGAUUCUACGUAACUAAACUUAACCAAGAAGCUUCUGAAACUAUAGUUGUAAACCUCAAUGAAGUUUGGAGUUUUGGGGUGUGAGAUUGCCAGCCUCAUUGCUCCUAUCUGUGGGGAUUCCAGACCCUGGUUCCAGUCAGAUGAGAUCAGGGACCAAUCCCCACUGAGUGCCUUCACCUCUGGCAUGGGACAGCACCGUACCCAUGGCUGUGCCAGUAGGACAGUAGGUAGAGAGUGGUGAGACUAAACUGUGCAUGGAACAUGAGGUUUCUUGUCAAGUCAGAUAAGGCAGGUUUAAAGACAGUUGAAUCUAAAUUUAAAGAGUGGCAGAGGCAAGCAGGAAAGCUGAAUCAUCUUGCUAAAGGUAAGCUUUCAACUGAUUUUUGCUGUAGCCACGUUACCUGAUUGUGUUCAAGUCAUUGAAUAUGCAGGUGUAGCUCUUGUAAUAGAAUUCCCUUCGUUAGUGCUUGGGUGUAUUGUGUCGUGGGUUUCUGUAGGUAAAUUGGAGUCUGUGUAUAUCUGAGAGCCAAGUGAAGCUUCUCCUGUGCUCCCAUCCCCUGCCUGGGUCAGCCACCUCAGACAGCUUCCCCUGCUCCUGGGAUCCAGCACAGACUCAGGUGUCCAUUCUGUUACCUGUGCUCACGAGAGUUUCCUGCCUGAACUACCAAAUCACACAUGGAGAUCUGAGCUGGAAAACUGGUUUUAAUCUGAGGUGUAAAUUUACUUGUUCCUGAUGUGUGUCUGCACAGAAGGUAGAAUUUGUUAGGGUGUUGGAAGAUGACAGUCCCCAAAAUCUGUCAGCUCUUGCCAUGCUCGGUGACAUGCUACUGAGCCCCCAGUAACCCUGUCUAUGAUCUGAUACUGUGACUGGAAUGUCCCAAAACUGGCUCAGACAAAUAGGAAAAGUGCCUGUGACUCAAACCACUGCUGAGCAACUAGUUACAGCAAACUCCCAGUGGCCUCUUGGUGUCUUUGUAAGUGCUGAGCUUAACUUGGAAGUUGAGGACUUUGUGAAAGUCAUUUUUUUUUCAGUUUGCUGACAUUAUUGCUUUAAAAGGCAGGCUCCUGGCAUAUUUUUGGGGUUUUUUCCUCACAUCCUUAAUUUACAUAUCAAGAGUAUUUAUACCCACUUAUUAAUUUUUCUGAGGUUUUAAUUAAAUUUAGUUUAUUUAACUUAAGAAGCCCCCAGGUGUUCUAGUGGCUUACUCUUCUGAGUAGUGUACUGCCCGAUGGUCUUGUUUUUAAUCAAGUGUAAUUGUAGUAGCCGUUCCAAGCUCCUCAUUUUAAAGUGUGUGAAUUUGUUUAGGAAGCUCAUUGCUGUUCUGGUGUGGGAGUUCCUGAUGCACAGCCUUUUGGAAUGUCCUGCAGAUCAGAAACACAUGAUCUAAGACUUAGUUCUUCCCAUAGUUUCACUGCUGUCUGAAAAGGAAGAGAGUAUGGCCCUAAGAUGGAGGUAUUUGAGCUCUGAGGUGUUCUUUGACCCUGCAGUUACCUCUUGCAAGUAGUCUGAUCAAUGUCUUACUCUUUUGUAUCUCCUUGCCCUUUGUUUAAUUUCCCUGCGUAUCACUGUUCCUUCACACUCUGAGCAGGACUAGAGAGAGGAUGAACUGUGACACGUCUCUGUUCUUUAAGUGAAAUUGCAUUUUGGUGAUUGGAAGAGUCUCAGAAUAGUUUAGGUGCUGAAUAAUACCAUAGUUUCUUGGCUAAGUCAAGCUCUGCUUGGAAGAUUUUCCUUCCAGAAACCAAAAGUGCAGUUGCGUGGCAUUUGAGAAGUUAAUUUUUAAAACAGGCUUUGCUGGAGUGUGAUACAGGCUGACUGCAUAGAAGUGAUUUGUGGUGAAGCCAGGAUCUUUGCCAUGGGAACAGUAAUUAUGGCUUCAGGCAGUGGGCCAAGAAUGUUGUGAGGAAAUUCCAGUCCCCUCCUAUGGCUUUAGUUAGAGGCUGCAACAAGCUGGCUCUUGUGGCCUCCCCACCAGGCAUGAGCACACAUGGGAACCACAUGUUGGUGGCAGGGGACAGGGAUGGCAGUGGAUGUUGGGCAGCCUCAUGUCACCUGGGUGUGCCAAACAGCUCCAUCUCACCUGAGAGUGCUGUAUGCUGCUUUGUGCACCUGGGUCUUCAAGUCAUCUAUCCGUUAAUAAAAUGGUUUUAGAAAUAUACUGGAUUUAAACCUCAGGCCUGCUUUGAUUUCAAUCUGUGAUGCUUUAAAAAAAAAAAGAGAAUAUUUAAUACAUCUGAACUCAUUCAACUGCACACUUUUAAGUUGUAAGGAUGGACUCUGGUCUCUGAUAUUUGCUUCAGGUACUGUCAGACUGGAAAACGCAGGUGUGCUGGUGCCACAUUUGUUGUCCAGCAAGAAGAGGAAGUGUUAUUUAAUUACACAUUCCCCAUGACCCUGGACAACUCUUUCAAGCUUCCUAUGAGAAAACAUUGAACGCUGUGUUCAGCUGAGCAGUGUUUGAGCUAUCCCAUUUGUGGUGCUGUCUCUGCACAGCCACAGUCCAGGUGCAGUUGUGCUGCCUGGAGAGUUGCUGCUAAGCCCUUGUGUUCAACUGGCCCCCUGACAGGUGGGGCAGAAGUGAGUUCUGUGUUCCUGGAGUGACUCACCCAGCACUAUUUCUCCCUGAUAGGAUUUCUGUUGAGCUUUGCCAAGGCCUCUCUGCUCCAUGGCAAUGACUUGAAAAUUCAAGGUUGAGGAGUAGUUAAGUUUCAGCUUGGGAGCAGUGGAUCGUAAAGCCUGGGCGUGUGCUGCCCUACCGAGCCAGCAUGACUGCAUUGCUGCAGCACUUGGAGUUUAGGAAUUUUGGGCUAUUUAAACUGGCCACACCUUCUAUUUGCUCAAAGGGCAGGUUUGUUUCAAAGGGUGUCUCCAUAGUAGCAAAGACGGAGAAAGAAAGUUAGGAGGGGGUGAUGGAUGGUUGGGUUGAAGAUCCUGCUUUGCUGUGAGGCUGGUGUGUGCUUGAGCUCUGAUACAGCUCACUGCCAAAGCACACGGGGUGAGCAGGUGCAGCAUUAGAGGGUCUGGUGGCUUUUAGGAACUCCAGGGCCUGUCUGCAGCCUCUAGAAACAGUGCUGGCACUUGCAGCAGUACUGUGGGAGGAAACUGCUGUGCUCUGACCAUCUCACCCGGCUUCAAAGGGGCCGGGAGUGUGUGUGUGUGUGCCCAGUGUGCCAUUGGGGAUCCCAUGGGGAGCUUUCCAUUGGCUACUUUGUAGGGAUAUCAGCCUCAAUCUUGUCCAGGCAAGAGGGAGGCUGCAAGUUUUAAAAGCCUGAAGUGGCAGGUGACUGGUGUUGACUGAGCAGAGCGUGGGUUGAAAAUAAGUGUCCCCUGUGCCUGCCAGAUAGGCUGAUGCCUCUGCCACAAAUCCACUGUGCCCAUGGAAUAUGUUGACUGCCGGGUUGGACUUAAUCAAAUUAAUGGUAUUUGUGUUCUUGUAUUUGAAUUGGUACAUCAGCCAUGAGCAAUUCGAUGAACUAAAUUGAUCCCAUCUGCUUUGGUUCUGAUCAAAUGAUAAAUUUGCAUUAAAAAAUUAUAAAAUGAUGCAUGAUAAAAGUGCACGAGUGACAUCAAAGUGAGAGCAGUGUCACACUGUGAAAUCUUGAAGUUGCUUUGUGUUGGCCUAAACUUCCCAGUUUCCUGGAGACUAUUGGGAAUGCAGGUGUCUAUGUGUUCUUCAGAAGUGUUUCACAAAAAAAGUUGACUCAUGGUUUGUUUGUGACCCAAAUUGGAAUGUUUUUCACACUACUUUAAGUGACUAAAGAGUGCUGGAGGCAGGAGAGGGGAAUAGAGGGGAAACAUAAGUGAGCUGUGCUGGACGUGAGUCUUUGGUAGAAGGCAAGGAAAACUGGCAUCCUUCCUAGUAGUUUAAAUUUAGUUCCAUUCUUGAAUCUCGAAUCUCUCAGCAAAAAAUGUUGGAAUGUAACAUGAGUGUGAUGAUGAUGAUGUCAUCAGACUGGAUUUCUCUUAAUAGUUUCUUCACAGAGAUUUGAGCUGUGAACUGAAGGAUCAGAGCAUUCCUGCAUCCCUCUGGGACUGACCUUGGACAGCCCCUGAUGAGCCACUUGCUCCUCCUGUGCUCAGAGGCAUUUUCUUGCCUCUUUGAUCAGAGUAGAAGGUUUUUGUGAUCUCAGUGGUCUGAGUAAAUUUUUUUAAAAAAUACUACAGUGGUCUUUUAUUGAUUCUACAAUAUUUUUCCAAAUGUAGGGAAAAUGAAGAGCAGCGAUGCUCAUGUGCUCUGGCUUCUUGCAGGACAGAUUUCCUUUGAUUUCUUUUCGGUGGGGGUUUCCAGGUGCUGCUGUUCCCUUUUUUGCUUUCUGUGUCUGUUAGCUGGUGGCCUGCUUGCCUCCAAAAUCCACCUUUUCCCUCUCAAAAGUACUGCUAUCUCAAGUCUGUCAGAGCAGUGUAAGGUGCUCCACAUCCAGAGACAGUCCUGCUGUUCUAUAGGGUUUCCUCUCAUGCAGAGAAACAGCUUUUUGUAGAUCUUGAGCUUGACCAGCCUAUGAUUUCUGGCCUUUUUGGUCAUUGUCCCUUUCCUUCCCACGUGCUCUUUUUGCCUUUGCUUUAAUUGUGCUUUCUGCCUGAAAGUUGAUUAAUAGCAUGUGUUUGACUUGAAAUGAAUAUUUUUAUGGUGGUUUAGUUUGUGUUUGUUUCUAGCCUUUUGCACAGGCAGGAUGCAGUUGACUUAAUGUAAUCCAUUUAAUGUAAGUGCUGGAUCUUAAGUAGAUAAAGGAUUAUAUAGGGCAGCUGGGAAUUUCUGUAGCACUUCUAGGUGUGCUCAUAGAAGCUGAGACAAUCUCUGGCCUCAUUCCAAAGUAUUGUAAGCCAGGUAAAAUCCUGGCAGUGAGGCAGUAUAUAGUGUGUGUGAAUGAGCUGUUGCUUUUUAAGCUGUGAAAGCCUGAGCAGACUAAAAAUUCUUGAUUUUGUGUUAAAACUUUAAAGCAAGGCAAAGCUUAGAGUUUGGGGUGUGGUCAAAAAUAGAACUGGGGGAAAUAUGAAAUGUUAAGCUGUACCUUGCAGCAGCCUGCCUCUCCCUAAGUCUGAAAAGAAAAUGAGGGAAUUGUUGGCAGCAGUGCUGCCUGGAGCACGGUGUGUGAUUAAAUUAGUGCAGCUUGGGCAAGGGGCCUUCUGUAGCCAGGAGCAUCAGGCCAGAGGAGGCUGCUGGCAUGGAAACCCAUCCCAGCGGGGUUUCCCUGGUGCCAGUGUGCUGCUGGCUGGGGAUUUGGGUGGUGGAAACAGCCCUACUCUGCUCUAGGUAGGAUCUGGCUGUGUAACUCCAGAAGUAGUGGUUGUUUACAGUCAUCAGGAAGAGGAGAUUUGUUAGUUCAAAUGAGGAAUUUGAUGUGCUGUGAGCGCACUGUGGCUUCUGUUAAUCUUGUCAUAAAAAUACCAGCUGUGAAAGAAUGGCUGAGCAGAAAUGUCAGUGUAAUUAAAGCCUCUGUGUGCAGGGAUGGGAGCUGGAGGUUGGAGAAUUGUGUCUUGAAGUGCAGCUGGGCCUCCCUGAACUACUCAGAAAGUGCAACAGGGAGAGAAGCAGUGCUGUGGAUGGAUAUGGGUGAGCACCGAGCACCCCCACAGCCCUUGGCUGGUUUGUUCCAUUUUAAACCUAAAUUAAAUUAUAUGAAACUUCAGAAUCAGUAACUUUUCUACUGUCUUUCCCAUUAUAAUUCAAAAUACCCAGUGGGUGCAUUGUUGGUGAGAAACUCUUCUAAACCUGUUCAACCAACCAGGCUCGCUUUGGUUCCUCUGCCUCUACUGAAUUGGGUACUUGGUAUGAAACAUUUGAAUUUAUACCAUGGUUUUAAAGAAACUCUUUAGUGUUUCUAACAUAUUCAGAAAGAAAAGACAGAAAAGAGUCUGGAAAGAUCCCUGGAGUGUAAGGGCAGAGAGCUGAUGGAGGCUGCUGAAUGCUCAUUACUGUGGGUAUGAUCAUAGAGAACUGGGUUUCAGUUUGCCUCGAGUUUAGUCGUUCCAAAAAAGCAACUAUUUCCCGUGGUUAUCUGAUAUCAGCUCUAACAGGAACAGAGGUAGAGCAGGUGAAAAGUUAUGGUUCAUGCAGCCUCCUUGUGCUGGGCACUAGCCUGUGCAGCAUGGGCCUGGCAGCACGGGCUGACUGCUGAGGGUCUUUGGGGCGCUGGGUCUGCUCCUCUCACACUUCAGCAGCCACUCCUGCACUGGGUGAUGUGACAAAUGACUUCAGUGUGACUGCAUAGUACUGCAUGAACCGUCUGUAAACUUCCUUCUGUAGAGAAAAGGCUUUGGAAUAACUGCCCUUUUCCAACCAUGGCAGUCUUCCCUCCUCGUUUGCAUGUACUUCCAGCUGAGAAGCUUACAAAUUGACUGCUGCUGCUUUUGAUGUUGAACAAUCAUCCCCCCUCUGCCUCCCGGCUCGGCUCUGGUCGCAGUGGGCAGCACAGGCUGUCUCCAAGAUAAGAGGGGAGUGGAUUGGAAAUUGCUCUCCUUAAAGAGACAUGGAUGUGUGGAGCACAGCUGCAGUGACAUCCUUGUCAUCCUUGCCUGUGAGGAAGUUCUCAAAUAUGCAAGAAAAUGUUUAUUUUAAACAAGCCAUUAGGAAAGCUAAAUUCUUUCCAUAAUGGUAUAAAUGCUUGUUUUUCCAGUUUAUGGUUUCCUAGUGUUGCCUCCAUGAGAGCCAAAUACGUGGCUCAUUUUCCCAACGUUUCCAUGAUGGAUUGCAGGAGCUGCCCACUAUGUUUGCACAUACACACCAAUUUGUACUGGAAGAGCUGGAGUUCAGGAUGUGCAAAAUCCUACAAGUUAAUAUUUAAAAAGACGUUUUAAAACAUUCAAGUCCCGCUAAGGCCUGAUGCAAUGACAUUCAUGAAGCCAGAAACACCUGAUUAUGUGGGUAGGGCUGUGCUUUGGUGAGUGGUUCUUGUCAAUAGCUGCCAGGUGUAUCCCAGGCCAUGGCACAGAAAGCCAUACCUGGAGUGGCAGCAGCAGUGGAGGCACAAGACCUUAGAGCAGACCAGAGGAUUUUUUCUAGCCUUGGAAUUAUGCCUUAAUUUGAGUCAUCAAAGGAUGGGAUCACAGUUAAUAGCCUCCCAGCCCAGCUUGCCUCUUGCUGCACUCAGGAAUCGAAGUGCUAAUUAGAACAGCUGUUAAAAAGCCCAUUCCUAAUGACUGUACCAUGUGAGGAGGAGGAGGAGGCCGAGGCCAGAGCCUUGGCUGGGAGCUGGUCAGCGUUUGCAGGUGACCAGCAGCAGCUCAUGAACUGCAGUUUGGAACCUGGCCUAAUUCUCAUCUUCGGGACAUCAAAGUCCUUGAAGCCUCUUUGAAGAGCUGGCAGUGAGUAGUCAAACGAGAAAUUCAAGAUUGGAGGGGGAAAGAAAAAAAGCUAAACCGUGUGUCUGUAGCUGGGUGUUCUGGGGCUCUCGGUGACCUACUUUCCCAGCCUGUCUGCUGGGGGGAGUGCACAGAGCUUUUGUUGUUGCACGGCUCCUGUUUCUGCAGGUGCCACCAGAUACAGGGUGUGUGGAAGAUAAGGGUUUCUGGUGCCAAAGUGUAGAGUGGGAUACGUUUCCAUUGAGGUGGGUGGGAGCUUCCAAUGCAGAGAUGAGCUCUGAGGUUUUUCUUUAUUGAUGAAAGCCUUUUAGUGUGGCACCUCUGUGGAAGAGUAAUGUCAAGAAUGAUGAGAAAGUGCUCCUGGGUGUUAGGUCUGUGGUAUCAUGUUUUUUCACAGUUUAUAAUGGAAUUUGAAGUCUUCCAUAUAAUUUCCUUGAAAUUAAGCCAUGCUGAUUGUAAGAUGUGUAUGCAGGUAUAGAUAUGCUAAGGAGUCAUUCAUAGGCAUGUUUGCUUUUGUCUUAGUUUUUUUUGUACCUACUAUUUGAGUUAGACCAGUCCUGGUCGGUUGAGGUGAUUUAGGUGACUUUACAGGAAAUGCUGUAUCAGAAGAUACCUUCUACCAGAUCAGGGUGCUCCAAGCCCUGUCCAGCCUGGCCAUGAGCACUCCAGGAAUGGGGCACAAAAUGCACAACUUUGAUUCAUAUAACUGCCAAGUCGUUCCCAAACAGUUUUGGCAGCUUCAGAAUGAAAAUUCUGUGGGAUGGGAGUAGUCAGAAACCUGUUUAGCCACGUAUGACAGGAGAAGGUGCCUAUUGGUUCACAGCACUGCGUGUAGUGGCUUCACACAACUCAGCAACACUCCAGCCCUGAGAUCCCAAAUGCUGAGCUGAAAAGAGAUACUGGAUAGUGCUGCUCUAUUACCAAACUGGAUCUGACUGAUAUUUAAUUCAUGGAGCGGGCAGCUGAGGAGCUUUUCUCUCCUUGUGUUACUACUAACGGACCCUUUAUCAUGAGCAGCAACUCUCCUUCUGCAGCUAAUGGAAACGACAGCAAAAAGUUCAAAGGUGAUAACAGAAGUGCUGGCAUCCCAUCCCGAGUAAUCCACAUCCGCAAGCUCCCCAGUGACGUCACGGAGGCAGAGGUCAUUUCUUUGGGCUUACCCUUUGGCAAGGUCACCAAUCUUCUGAUGUUGAAAGGAAAAAACCAGGCCUUCAUAGAGAUGAACACGGAGGAGACAGCCAACACCAUGGUGAACUACUACACCACAGUCACUCCAGUGCUCCGGAGCCAGCCCAUCUACAUCCAGUUCUCCAACCACAAGGAGCUGAAGACAGACAGCUCUCCAAACCAAGCACGUGCCCAAGCAGCUCUGCAAGCUGUGACCCAGGUGCAGGCCGGGGCUGUGGCGCUGGCCGCCACGGCUGCGGCCGUCGAUGCAGGGAUGGCGAUGGCUGGCCAGAGCCCUGUCCUGAGGAUCAUUGUGGAGAAUCUCUUCUACCCUGUCACUCUAGAUGUUCUGCACCAGAUCUUUUCCAAAUUUGGUGCAGUUUUGAAAAUCAUUACGUUCACGAAGAACCACCAGUUUCAGGCCCUGUUGCAAUAUGGUGACCCCAUGAGUGCUCAGCAUGCCAAACUGUCUCUGGAUGGACAGAACAUCUACAACGCCUGCUGCACGCUGCGCAUCGACUUCUCCAAGCUCACAAGUCUCAAUGUAAAGUACAAUAACGACAAGAGCAGAGACUACACCCGCCCAGACCUGCCCUCUGGGGACAGCCAGCCCACCCUGGACCAGACCAUGGCAGCUGCUUUCGGUGCCCCAGGAAUAAUCUCUCCUCCAUAUGCUGGAGCUGGCUUUCCUCCUACUUUUGCCAUUCCUCAGGCUACAGGCCUGACAGUUCCAAGUGUUCCUGGAGCACUAGCUCCUCUGGCUAUUCCAGCAGCAGCUGCGGCGGCUGCAGCAGGACGGAUUGCCAUUCCCGGCCUGUCUGGGACAGGGCACUCCGUGCUGCUGGUUAGCAAUCUGAUCCCAGAGAGAGUUACACCCCAAUGCCUCUUUAUUCUUUUCGGAGUCUAUGGUGAUGUGCAGAGGGUGAAGAUUUUAUUUAAUAAGAAAGAUAAUGCCCUGGUUCAGAUGGCCGAUGGGAAUCAGGCCCAGCUUGCCAUGAGCCACUUGAAUGGGCAGAAGCUCCAUGGGAAGCCGAUCCGUAUCACGCUGUCCAAGCACCAGACAGUGCAGCUGCCCCGUGAGAACCAGGAGGACCAUGGCCUGACCAAGGACUACGGGACUUCUCCUCUACAUCGUUUCAAGAAACCAGGCUCCAAAAAUUUCCAAAACAUCUUUCCCCCUUCUGCCACUCUUCAUCUGUCCAAUAUUCCACCUUCAGUAACUGAAGAAGACCUUAAGUUGUUAUUUUCAAGCAAUGGUGGGAUAGUCAAAGGAUUCAAAUUCUUCCAGAAGGACCGUAAAAUGGCUCUGAUCCAGAUGAGCUCUGUGGAAGAAGCCAUUCAGUCCCUCAUUGACCUCCACAAUCAUGACCUGGGGGAGAACCAUCACCUUCGUGUUUCCUUUUCCAAGUCCACCAUUUAGAGCUUGGGGAGGCCUGUGUUAAAAUGGACUUGACUUAAAACCUCUGGGGUUCAGCCUUGACCUUAAAAGGCUGGACACCAGGGUUUCAACUUCCAUCAUUCCAGAAAAAAAAAAAAAGCCACUUUAAAAAUGCAGCUGAAGUGACCUUAAAAGAUCAGAGAUUUUAUUUUUUUAAAGAGAAAUCAGUUUACCGGUUUUUAAAAAAAAAAAGAAAAUUAAUUCCUCUUGCUAACCUUGCGGUGAUGGGUAACAAUCUUGACUGUUCCAAUAAAAAUCACAAGUUCAAGUUUACACUAUGGAACCUGCUCUGGGAAAUUCCCCUCCCCUCCUGCUCCUUCUCCCCAAAAAAGCAGAUCCCAACAAGUUUUAUCAGGUUUCACAUUGAUGCCUUUUUUAAUUUCCUUACCCAUCCAUGCCUUGAAAGACCUAAAACCACUGUGUGAAUUCACUGUAGCGCCUUGGAGUCAGGAUUGUGGUGACCAGGAGCUCCCAACCCGCCCAGCACAACACUCGGUUGCAUUGAUCCCACCUUAGCUGUGCACCUGCUAUCCUGUGCCUUAAACCUUCUACUUCUUUGGGGAAAACAUCCGAGCUGCAGGGAGGGGAUGGGCAGAGCUGGGGGCGGGGAGCGGCUCUGGCUGACGAUCAGCCGGGGGAGUUGGCAAAGUGGAUAAAUGAAAUUUUGGGCUGUGACUCGGGCCAGUUUUUCCUUGCUGCCCCGUGUGUGUCUCGAUCUCCACGUGUGCCCUGUGCCACUUCCCAGUCUGCUCGUGGGUCAUUGCCACCUGCAAACUCAGGUGGGAGUUACCUGAGAGCCUUUGUGGCUGAGCAAAGGUCUGGGUGGGGGAGUGUUCCCAAGGCCAAAUCACAUUCCAGUGUCAGGAGCGAGCCCGCAGGCUCUGCCCUCACAGAGCAUUGGCGAGGGACAAAAGAGCCUCUGUGGGACACUUGUGAAGAUGAAUCAGAGUUUGUUGAAUUUGUGUGUGUAUAUACCUAAAUGCUUGGCUAGGAUUUGGAGAAUCCUUGGAUACCCCACAAUUAGAAAGGUGCCUGCGAGAGGUACCUUUGUGCCCCUAAUUGGAGAUUAACGAGGCUGCUGUAGCUCCGCCGUCGUUCUUAGAGCAUGUCUUCAGCAUUUGAGCUUUUAUUUGAAUCCUUGUAUUAUACUUUGAUGCUGUUGCUGUCCUCUGUGCCUAGCAAUAUUUCCAGUUGACCAAAUAUUCUAAUCUCUUUAUAUGCAAAAGAAAUAGUUUUAAGUACCUUUUAUAGAAUGAUAAGAUGGUAUAAACGUAAUCUAAAUUUACUCCUUUGUGGUAUUACCCAUGUAUACUGUACUUUAUUUUCUUUGUUUUGUAAUUGAAGCUGUAGGGCAGGAGUAGUUUCCAGGCUGAGGUCGUGGCUGAGGAUGAGCAGAGCUGAGGGUGUGAGAGAAUGAGCACAAACAGCUCGGAAAUGGAAGGAAAAGGACCCAGGCUAAAGAUUUUUUUACCUUUUGAAUCUAUAAGCCCAGAUGUUGUUCUAGGAAGGGAAUUUAUUAAAAGUAGAAUGCAGCAGAUCAGUUUUUCCCAAUGAUACAAGCAUUUUUAUUUUUAUUUUUUUUCUGGCUUACAACUCUUUCCCGGGCCAUUCUGCCUUCUAUUCCGUGUGAUCCGAUGUUGCCUUACAUUUCCCUCUAACCUGCAACCUGUUCGGAUGCAAAAUAACAAGAAUCUUGUACUUUUUUUCAGGGUUUUUCUGCAAAUUGUGGACCAAAGUUUGUUUUUUAAUUGUCUUAGUGUUGCAAGUUCUGAUUUCCUUGCUUGGUGUGGGAGCUCUUGACUUGCCUAGCACUGAGUGUUUGGAAAAGUCUUAACUUUCUGUAGUUCCUCCCUGGACUCUCAAGGAUAUGAAUUAUGCUGGAGAAGCAUGUGAGGUCCGAGUGAGGGUCCGGCUGGGGCUGUGGCGUGCUGGGUACCCCUGAGGGAGGGCAAGACCCCUGGUGCCAGCAUCACCUCAGCUGCUUUUGGGUACCUCUAAAUCUGGGUGAGCUGUGCUGGAGCCAGGGAUCUGCCCCUGCAAAGUUUCUGCCAGCAAUCCUGCAGGAGGGCACAGCUGGGGAGGGAUAUCUGUGAUUGUGGUUGUUGGCUCAUCCCCUUCCCAGUGAAACACCUGCUCCUCCCACAGGGGACCCAUCCUGCCCAGCACAGCAGCACUGGGGUAACUGGUCAGUGCCCCCAAUCACCCUCCACAGCACUGGGGAGGCUCCCGGGGCCGGGCCCCGGCCGGGACACUUCGGGUGUCCCGUGCAAAUCACAGAUGGAUUUGGGGUAACCAGGGCCCCCCAGCACAGCAGGUGCUCCCUUCGGAUCCUGUGUUUGCAUGUAAAGAAUGUGAGUAACUAAGGGUGUAUAUAUUUAUAAUUUUUUUAUACCUGUUGUAAGACAUGAGGGGCAGCAAAACCCAGUUUUUUAUGGUGACCAGAUGUAUUGUAUAUUUUGAUAACAGCAAUUCCAGGUUCAGUAUUGUGGAAGGUGGGUGGGGAGGGGAAGUGUACACACCAUCAGAAUUCCAUUGCCUCUUUCAAAGAAUGUUUGUAAUGCAAAAAGAAAUGAAAUUAAAACUAUUUUAUAACAACCUUUGUACCUUUCUGUAGCUCCAUUAUUUCCUGUUGAGAUUGUAGAAGCAGUUGGUGCCCAGUCUGUACUUGUGCUUUCAAUAAAUUCUUCUGUAUCCUUCA